AGCGUUUGGAGUUGGAACUAGAUAAGUUGGUGUUUUAUGUUUUUAAGUCGGUAAUCGGAACUUUUCACAUCGUUUUUCGUUGACUUGUUUGCGGUAUUUUAUGUGUGAAGUGGUAAAAUGAGCGGCUGGGCCGGUUUUUCUGACGAGGAGCUCCGGAAGAUGCAGCAGAAAGACUUAGCGAUGUCCCGGCCCGAGGCCCGAGGUCGGAAACCGGCUCCAGCUAACCGGAGUCGGCAGCAGUUACAGCGGGAAAGGGCCCUUCAGCUCGCCGCGCAGAGAAACGCUCCUACCGGCCUCCCACCGGAGCAGCAACUCACCAAACCGCCGCCGCAGGAAGAGCCUGCACCUCAGCCCGCAACCCCUGCAGCACCUCCGGCCGCGAGACAGGAGGUGCUGCAGAAACCCAGCGAGCCGGAGCCGACUGGAAACCACCAGCCGGAUCCAGAGGAGGGGACCCCGGUCGUCAAAGAGCUGGAGAAACAAGAGGUGGAACUACGGGAAAAGACGCGUCUGGAGCAACUGCAGCAAGAGCAAAAGCUAAUCGAAGAGAGGAAUAAGCGUAAGAAAGCUCUCCUAACAAAAACUAUCGCUGAGAAGUCCAAACAGACUCAGGCAGAGGCUGUGAAGCUGAAGAGAAUCCAGAAGGAGCUCCAGGCCCUCGAUGACAUGGUGUCCAACGAUAUCGGCAUUCUGAGAGGCAGGAUCGAACAAGCCAGCUGGGAAUACUCCGCUGCCAGAAAGCGCUAUGAGAAGGCGGAAGCGGAGUACGUGACGGCCAAGCUGGAUUUGCACAAGAAGACGGAGGUGAAGGAGCAGCUGACGGAGCACCUCUGCGCCAUCAUCCAGCAGAACGAGCUGCGUAAAGCCCACAAGCUGGAGGAGCUGAUGCAGCAGCUGCAUCUUCAGGCCACUGAAGAAGAGCUGGAGAGGCAGAAGAAGGAGGAGGAGGAGGAGGAGCAGAAGAAGAGGAGAAGAAGCUGUGUGGAGACGCAGCGAGACGGGAAACAGGGAAACGGUUCAGCGGAGAAUCAGGAGGAAACAGUGCAAUCAAGCAAAGACUGUAGACCCACAGAGGAGGAGGCAGUGAAAGAGGAGCGGGAGGGAGGCGACGUCCAGCAGGAGCACCACAUCAAGACUGAACCAGCAAAGACUGAGCAAGACUGUAAAACACUAGAAAACUGUGUUCAGAGUGAACUUGUUGCGUCCUGACGCUCAGAAAGGAGAGACACGUGUCAUGUGUCGACCUGCUCUGUAAAAUAUCCGGACAUAUAAAACACUAAUACUGUCAGAUAGAUGAAAAAUGAGUCUGUGCAACCCGGCCUCCUUUAAAAAUGACGUUCAUAAUCUACUAGAUGUAAGGUAAUUACUGCCUGGCAUACGUUUACUGGCAACAGUUUUCCCACUGGUGCGGCUCAUAAUCAGUGCAUCCCUAUUUAAAAAUCACAAUGGUAAAAGAUGUCAUCUGGGCAGCAUUGCGUGUCCUUUAAAAAGCUUCUUGCUUCAUAUUUGGCAGACUGUAGCGUUCAGAAUCAGAAACUCGUCAAGUACUGAAUUUUGCAAUUGAAUAUCUGUUCAGAUUCAGACUAUUUACUCAUUUUGUGAUCAAAAUCACAGUUUUAGACUACUUUAUUUAGCUUUCAUGUGGCUGCUUGUAUUUAGACAACACUCGAACACUGUAGAAAGUGAUGGUGUCGGGGGAAAAAGUAUUGUUUUGGUGUUAAUAUUGAAACUCUGCCCUCAGUACGUCUGUACCUGCAGGAUCAGGCAGAAUCCUGUUCAGCUGCAGAGUAAAUCAGAAGACUAUCUUUCAGCCAUUAUCCUCAAUCGGUUGCUUUUUCAAUAUAUGUCUCUGUGUGUGUGUGUGUGUGUGUGUGUGUGUGUGUGCGCUUCCAAAAAAUAGCUCUUCUUCCAAACAUGUGGUUUUCCAUCACAUGUGAAUUAUCUCCCUGAGCAAAGGUGGAAUUCAAAAAGCUGACUGUUUUUGAUUGUUGUCUCUUUGUGGCAACGAUGAAAGUUGACUUCCUGGAAAAUCUCCCGUUUCAUGCCGACGGAGCGAAGCAUUAAUCCCACUCUAUUCCAAACAUAAACCCUCCUGUCCUAUGUGUUGUAGAUGAACAUGUUAGCCGGCGCUGGGCUCGUCUUUCACAAAGCUAAUUGUCGUCUUGUCAGUGCAGCUGAGGAGCAGCCGGCCUCCUGACGGGUAAGAUGAUAUCUGUUGAUGUAUGUAUGUACGGAUGCGCUCAGCUGCAUGUGUUUCUGCGGGCUUAGAGUUUAUUUCUUUUGCUGCACAUGGAACUGUGUCCCCAAAAUAAUGUAUGACAAUAAUCUGAUAUGAAACUUUAUAUAUAUGUGGGCCUGACCAAAGUCUGUACACUCUAAGUUAAAUUAGUGCGAAGAAGUUUUUUUUAAAAAAUGGGGUAAAUAUUUAAAAAGGUGUUUUUUUUUGUUUGUUUG